GUAACACACAGACACACAUACCCACACGUCUGCUGCCAAUAUGAAUAUACCUUUUACUCUGGAUAACCUCUCCCAGAUGAUGCAACAUGAAGACUAACACUUGAAUUUGGAGUUUGGACUCUAAUUCUUCAAUAUCUACUCUAGGAAACCACAGUCUGUUAUAAAUUUGUUGCUGCACAGGGAUUUGAGAGUUGGAAUAUGAGGUAUCUUCCUCUAACCUGUGUGGUCCUGGCUGUGACCUUUGCUCUUCUGGGAGGUCCUGGAGCUCAUGGAGGUGAGAUACUGGUCUUCCCUGUGGAUGGUAGCCACUGGAUCAACAUGGAAUUGCUGAUUAAAGUGCUUCACGCCAGGGGUCAUAAGGUCACAGUGGUCCGCACAUCCACUAGCUGGUACAUCAAUGAGGAUUCACCACAUUAUAGUUCCAUCACCAUCGCCAUGCCAGAACCAAUGAGCAUUGAGAAGGAAGAUUACUUUGUGAACUUCCUGGUUAAGAUGUUAGAGAUCCAGAAGGAAGGAGCAUCAGUGACGGCGUUCUUAUCUUUCUACUCUGAGAUGUUGACUGCAUUGUCAAAGAUGCAUGAGGAAGCUAGCCAGUUGGUGGUGCAGAUGUUUGAAAACAAAGAUCUGAUGCAGAGUCUUCGGGAUACCAAGUAUGAUAUGGUUCUUUUGGACCCUGGUAUACCUAUUGGUGUACUAGUAGCCCAUAAGCUCAAGCUGCCCACUGUCUUUAAUGUGAGGUGGAUCACUAGUGGGGAGGGACAUUUUGUGGUGGCCCCCUCACCAGUAUCCUAUGUGCCGACCACGGGAUGUGCAGUCCCAGAUAAAAUGACUUUCAGCCAGAGGGUUAAGAACAUGUUCCACUACUUCCUCAACAUGUACAUUGAUAGUUUUGUGGUUAGUCCUCAUUAUGAAAGGCUGGUGGAGAAGUACUUUGAGCCUGGAACUAACUUCUACCAUCUUCUGCAAGGCACAGACAUCUGGCUCAUGAGGUUGGACUUUGUCUUUGAGUUUCCCAGACCUACAAUGCCUAAUAUAGUGUACAUCGGUGGCUUUCAGUGCAAGGACUCCAAGCCUCUACCAAAGGAACUCGAGGAGUUUGUGCAGAGCUCAGGUGAGCAUGGGGUUGUCUUAAUGUCCCUGGGAACACUAGUUAAAGGCUUGCCUUUGGAAAUAACCAAUGAGAUUGCUGCAGCUUUUGCCCAGCUACCUCAGAAGGUCGUAUGGAGACAUCAAGGUGAGCGACCAACGACAUUAGGUAACAACACCAUGUUAAUGAAGUGGAUUCCCCAAAACGACCUUCUGGGCCACCCAAAGGUAAAGGUCUUUGUGGCCCACGGUGGAACCAAUGGGGUCUAUGAAUCCAUGUAUCAUGGAGUACCAAUUGUAGGCUUGCCACUUCUGUUUGACCAGUUUGAAAAUCUCUUAAGAAUGGAGACACGGGGUGCUGCUAAGGUGCUAGAAGUCACUAAGCUCACGAGCCAGAACUUUCUAGAAGCUAUUCAAGAUGUCCUACUUAACCCCUCCUACAAGAACAACAUGCAACAACUUUCUAGUCUUCAUCGGGAUAAACCUAUGCAUCCUUUAGACACUGCCCUCUAUUGGAUUGAAUAUGUCAUAAAGCACAAAGGAGCUGCCCACUUGCGUACAGAGUCCUAUAAGAUGCCUUGGUACUCAUAUCAUUCCCUUGAUGUGAUCAGUUUCCUACUGGCUAUUUUGUUUCUGUUGGCAACCAUUACAGUGGCAUCUAUCCACUUUUUCUGUUUCAAAUUAUGCAGGAAACAGAAAACUAAAAAAGAUUAAGAAUAGGUCCU